AUGUACAUCCAUGAAUUUGAAUUCGGUCUGUCUGGUUUCAACGACGAACCAGGUUUCGACUUCGAAUCAUUCAACCCUUUGUCCUCAAGAUCGUUGGCUGUAGCUAUCUCCGACCUUGUUCAUUCGCCCUAUCUCGAGUCCGUUGACCUCACUGGGUGCACCGCUCCCAUUACUUUCUUUUCGGGGACUCGGAUAAAACAUCUGCGUGUAUGCUACACCGAAACCGCGCAUCCAAAAUUCAGCCAAACACCCAAGCGAAAGAAAUCUGCCAAGUCGCGUCCAUCGUAUCCGGCAUUGGAGAGCCUUCACACAGAUUUUAGCUUCACUUUAUUGCUGCAAGGGCCGAACUCUCUUACGCGAAACCUCAAGAAACUUUACAUCGUCAUCGAAGAUGAAAAGACCAUUGGAAAGGCAAUUCCCAUUAUGAAGUUGGCUUCUCUCGAAGAGAUAACUGUUGAGCUUUUUGUCUUAUCCUAUAAAUCACUGAACCCUUUGCUCUGGCCCAUCCAACUAAGCCCAUCCAAUCAGCUUCGCAGACUUAAAGUCUACUUCCCCUUUAUGGCCGGCGAUUACUCGCAAGUCGGCAACGAACGAACUUUGGACGCAUUUUUCUUCAUGAUGUCCGGUUUACGAAAACCCAUGCUUCAUCUAGUUUCCAUCGAAUUGGACAUGAACUUCGAGGAAACGUUCCGGAACAGGCGUUCCGAUUUCAUGUUCCGAUUUCAUGCUCCCGAUGAUGCAAGACCCUCGUUGGCAUGA